AUGUCAUCGGGGUCAAUGUCUUUAUUUUUGCAACGUACACGAAAAUCUGGAUCUCCGCUAAGCAUCAAGGCAUGGAAAAAGUGGACUACUCAGAUACUAUCGGCGCUCAACUAUUUACAUUCAUGUGUACCACCUAUUACUCAUGGAAACCUUACGUGCGAUACGGUAUUCAUACAACAAAAUGGACUGAUUAAAAUUGGAUGUGUUGCGCCCGAUGCGAUUAAUCAUCAUGUGAAGACGUGCCGUGAUAAUCUGAAGAAUAUGCAUUAUAUGGCACCGGAAUACGAAUAUUGCACUGAGGUCACACCAGCUGCUGAUAUCUAUUCAUUUGGUGUAUGUGCUGUUGAGAUAGCCGUUAUGGGUGGUUUGUCUGGUUUUCAAAAUGGAGCAACUGAUGGUCCCAUCUGUCGAGAAAGCAUUGAGAAAGCCGUUCGAUCUUUGGAUGACGAAAAACAACGGGAUCUCAUUCAACUGUGUUUGCAAAGGGAUCCGUUGAAGAGACCGUCGGCGCGACAGCUGCUUUUUCAUCCAGUCCUUUUUGAGGUGCACUCUCUGAAGCUUUUGGCCGCUCAUAAAAUCGUGGAUACCAAGUUGUUCGAUGAUUUGCCUACGGAUGCUUUCAGAGUUCCUGAUAUAGAAAAGGUUGCCGCUGUUGCUCGAAGAGAAACUGGGGUACGGGAAAUGGCCUACUGUCAAGUUCCUGCCUUCCAGCAUGAUCUUGAGAAAAUUGUCGAAGAUGUACGAAACGGAAUCUAUCCGCUCACUGCUUUUGCUCCCUUAGUUCAUCAGCCUCUGAAAACCACGGUCACGCAGCCGUCUUCACGUACGUCCCAGGCUCAAACCGCCACGGAAGGCCAUGAACCCUCAACAUCGUCGCUCACAACGACAUCUCUACCACGAGCGCCUGAGACAACAGAUCCAGUAGUUGCAUCACCUCCUGCCACCGACGAGACUGUUCAACACUGUGAAACAAGAGCGAUUCGGCAAAUGCGUGUGACCACAGCACGAAAUGAGCUGACGAUAUGGUUACAAUUGGAAGACAUGAUGAAUCGACAGCUUACUACAGAAUUCUCACAUGACGAGGAUCCGAAUGCGCUUACACAGGACCUAGUUACGCAUGGAUUCAUUUGCGAGGUGAGUUCCUUAUCUCUCUGGACUCGUUCUAGUAUACUAGUAAACGAAUGGUCCCGUGGCGAAAUUCUGUAG